CUCUGAUCGACCAGUCUUUCGUACGAUAGAGACAGAGGACCAGUCUAAAUGUAUAGCACGGUUUUGCACAAAAAUUGACACUUACUGGCUUCCAUAGUGUCAUUACCUUAUUGUCCUCCGCAGAUCUUAUUGGUGAACAUGGUUCCACUGAUUGAUCUACAGUCCUACAACAUUUUGGUGACUGAGGAGUCGGUUGAAACGGCUACACUAAAGGUGAUAGCGGAUCAGAUAUGCCAAGCCUUUCAAGAAGUUGGGUUCGUGUACCUGAAAAACCACGGGAUCCCCCGAGAACUGAUUACAAACGCACUGUCGACGUCAAAGACGUUUUUUGAUCAGCCGAGGGAAAAGAAAGAGCAGUAUGCUCUGCAACCCGGCCAUUUCCAUGGGUGGAUUGCAUUCGAGGCGGAAAGAGUUAAUCAUGACAGACCAGUGUUUGACGCAAGGGAAGGAUUCAUCAUGAGGUUGCUAGAUCGCAAAGACCAGACUCUACCAGAAAAAUUGCCACCAGAAGUUGAUUCAGCAUGGAAACAAUUGCAUAACAGCUGUUUCCAGCUAGGACUACAUGUCUUGGACCUUCUCUCCAUUGGUUUGGGAAAAAAUAGAGAUUACUUGAGGCAGUGUCACAAGAAAAUUGGUUUGGCUGAUAACAUUACCAUGUUACGGGCCAACUACUAUCCUCCAUUAAAAG